AACAUAGAAAGGAAGUGGUCGCCAAAUCACGUGAAACCCGCAAAGAUUAGUAAAUAUUUUUCCUAAGAUUAUAAUGCAUGAGGCGAUGACGCAUGGAGGAGGUCGGCGCCAGCAACGGUAGCAAUGCGUCCAGCGAGGUGACUCCCCCGACCCACCUGCCAUGGCAACACGUCAGCCUCAUCACCCUUCUGUGCAUCGUGAUCAUCAUCACCGUGGUGGGAAACACCCUGAUCAUCCUGGCAGUGCUGACAACCCGCAGGCUGCGCACUGUUACCAACUGCUUCAUCAUGUCCCUCUCCGUCGCCGACUGGCUGGUCGGGAUAUUCGUCAUGCCCCCGGAAGUUGUGCGCCUGUCGAUGGCGGGAGCCUGGAAGCUGGGCUGGGCGCUGUGCGAGAUCUGGGUGUCGCUGGACAUCCUGCUGUGCACCGCCUCCAUCCUCAGCCUGUGCGCCAUCAGCGUGGACCGCUACCUGGCGGUCACGCGGCCGCUCACCUACUCGCGCAAGACGCGCUCCAAGCGGCUCGCCAUGAUCAUGAUCCUCGUCGUGUGGCUCACCGCCGUCGCCAUCACCUGCCCGCCCAUCUUCGGCUGGUACGACGCCGAGCACAACAAGCCCGACAUCUGCCGCUACAACCAGAACGUGGGCUACGUCGUGUUCUCGGCCAUGGGCUCCUUCUUCCUGCCGCUGGUGGUGAUGCUGUACGUGUACAUGCGCAUCUCGUGCGUCGUGGCGCACCGCCACUCACAGCUCAACUCGCUGGACAACUCCUCGCAGCGAUCAAGCAGGUUCAUUACCACGAACCAUCAUGAGGAGUCUGAGCAAGACCAUUCCGAGUGUGAGGAUGUCAAUUUGUCCAGCACUUUUCCCAGCAUCGCGGGCGCGGACGGCCCCAGGUUCUCGGCGCAGCACCACCGCCGCUCGCUCCGGUCGCACUACACGUACUGCGCGGCGGCGUGCGGCGAGCAGCACCAGCAGCACCAGCAGCACCAGCGGGGAGCCACGCUGCGCCGCGCGCCGCCCGAGGAGUCCUCCGCCAGCCGGGUGUCGUCCUUCCGCCAGGAGAGCAAGACCACGCAGGUGCUGUCGGUGGUGGUGGGCGGCUUCGUGGCGUGCUGGCUGCCCUUCUUCGUGGUGUACCUGCUGCAGCCGUUCCUGCCGCCCGGCGCAGUGCCGUCGCUCAUCAUGGCGUUCCUCGUGUGGCUGGGUUGGAUCAACUCGGCCAUGAACCCAUUUAUCUACGCGUUUUACAACCCAGACUUUCGGAUUGCGUUCUGGAGGCUGACGUUUCGUCACUGCUUCAAGUCGCGGAAGCCAAUGGACCCUGCCCUGCAGCGACACAAGUAGCGCGCAUCGACACUGCCCCGCCAGCACUCCCGUCUGGCCAGUUCCGGCGCCGUUUGUGAAGUGCGCGGUUCACACGGGACCUCGAGAAACUAUCGUGAUACUGCCCUUAGGACAUUGCUGUUGGUUCAAUUCAGAAAUCAUUCCAAAAAUUUUCUUUUUCUAUUUCACUUUUUACAAAGAGAUGCUGAGAAAUUUUUUUUGUAGUAGCUUGUAGAACUUUCUAGUCAUAUUUUAAAGCGAAACAUCAAUGUAUCAAUUAGGUACAAUAACCUACCUACUACAGUUUCGCGUCACUUUUAUUGUAAGAAUUUUUGAUUGUAUCAUACUGGUUUGUAUAUAAACUGAAUAAAAACUAUACAUAUAAGAUA